AUUUUUUCGGAAAAGCUGGACCGUCCUGUGUACUUUAUUUCGUUCGGAGAGAUUUAUAACUGUAAACUUGUGCGAAAUACACACAUGAUUUCUCAAUUAAUCUAUGACGUGAGAAGAGUUAGCGCUUUUCACACUUUUUAAAAUAUCCUCAAGCUUAGCCUCCGUAUUAUUUAAAAGUAUUGUUUUAGAGGUAUAUACGCCUUCAUCGUAUUUUACUUAUUAUAUAUAAACGACUGAAUUUAUUUUAUAGGCAGUCUAAUUUUGCACCUUGAUGUAUGUGAGUUUUAGGCAUUUAAUUCUCCAAACCCCUGAAAAUCUACAUCUUCACUUAUAGAUAAAAGCAUUAAAAUAUGUUUACCUUCUGUUAUUUUGUCAAUAUUGAGAUGAAUACACUUUUAAAAAUUUUUUCGCAGAAUAAUUUUGCUGUUAUCUCUACUUUCCAGUUUUGUUUACCUCAUCUUGACUUUUACGAUUUUUAUUGUAAGGUAAUUUGCUCAUUUUUAUUGCUAGUGUGUCAUCCUGUUCUUGAUUUUAUUAAUACAUGUUCAUUUCAAAGUUGGCACAUAAAGGAAUGGAGCUUACCAAAAUUGUUAAAUUGUUGGAUGCAUAUUGCUUACCACACUUGGCCGAAAAGUGGGAUAAUGUUGGUCUCCUAAUAGAACCUUCUAUUCCACACCAUGUGGACAGGAUUUUUAUCACAAAUGAUUUAACAGAACAAGUACUCGAUGAGGCGAUUUCUCAAAAAUGUGGUCUGAUCGUUUCAUACCACCCACCAAUUUUUUCUCCUCUUAAAAAGCUUACGCAACAGCAUUGGAAAGAGCGUAUAGUUGUACGUUGUAUAGAAAACAAAAUCGGUGUAUUUUCACCACACACCGGGCUUGAUGCAAAACUUGGAGGUAUCAACGAUUGGCUUUUAGAACCAUUAGCUGUCAAUCGGAGAGAGAGUUUAUCUCGAUCACCAAUUACUCAAAAUUUAUCCAGGUUGACCGUUGUUAUGGAUGAAAAUUUCGGAGACUUCGUCAUAUCCACAGGAGUAGGAGUGUGUACAACUAAUAUUAAGAGUAAUGCUGGAAUAACAGCCAUUGUUACUUGUACCGAGUUCGAUUUAAAACGUGUUGUAGAUGUGACGGAGGAGCUUAAAAUUUCAGUCGUUAGCAUCGAAAAUGUUCAAAAGACAAGUGAAGAAGGAUGUGGCAGACUGGUCACUCUACAGUUCCCAGUUCAUCUAAAAGCAAUUAUCGCUGCCUACAAAAAGUUUCUAAACAUAGGGCAUUUAACUGUAGCCCCAGGACUAGGUAAAACCCUCGACUGUCCAAUUAAAACAGUUGCUGUAUGUGCUGGUUCCGGUGGGUCGCUUUUAUGCCAAACACCAGCUUCAUUUGCUGCCGAUUUAUUUAUCACUGGAGAAUUAUCUCAUCAUGAUCGUCUUGAGGCUGUUUCUCGUGGUAUUUCUAUUAUUUUAGCUGGGCAUUCUGUUACGGAAAGAGGAUUUUUCAGGGAAAGAUUUAUCCCAGACUUUCGUCAUCUUUUGUCAACUGUACAUAAUGCUGGUGAAAUCCCACACUUGGAAUUGUUAUUAUCCGACGCAGAUCAUGAACCAGGUUUUGUCGUUUAA